AUGCUGCAGUUGAUACUGAUAACCACCAACACGGGUGUGAUAAAAUUCAAAAAGUCUUUAAUAACGGAUCUAGACCGUGAUAUUUUCCUUCGUCUUUCAAACCUCAUAGUCACAUUAUUUGUAAAAUCAAAACGAGAGGUUGAUCAUAAACUUUCCUAUUUCGAACUCAACAAUCGAGGAGUGACCAUAGAGGAAAAUACACAAAGCAAAUUGUUAUGUAUUUUAAUGCACGACAUUACCGAUGGUUAUGAAUUUGCAAAACUCGUCGCCGAGGAACUUUUAGAUCGAUUUAUUGCCACCUUUCGAACUCCAUCUUCCAUCCCAAGCAAAACUCUCUAUUCCAAUUCAUUUAAAAAUCCAAAUGCUGCUUCCAAUAACUCUUCACUCAAUAACAACAACUCGAUAUCAUCCAAUGGAUUACCAAACAAUAAUGCAAAAGCAACUUCUCCACAAACACUGAAUAAUACGGGAAUGAACUUGUUUGGUAGUAAUCAAAAAAGUCAAUUGUCAUCCUUUGAUGGAGAGGACUCGUCAGCAAGUAUUGAUACAGCUCAACAAUUUAAAGGGAAUUCGGAUUUCAGUUCGAUGGAUCAAAUGACCAUUGAUGAUUGGAUGGAACAGCAAGAAUAUGAUUUUAAUAAUAUUAACGUCGAUGAGAAAAUAUUUGAAGCCAAGUUGGCAGAAAUUUAUUUGGAACUUGUGUAUCCCAUUAUUGAACAUUUGGAUGGAGUUCGAGGAAUUUUAAAUUCUUGGCUUAUUGAAAGUGGAGAUGAAGGAAUUUUAACAACAACCAAGCCACAGCUCGAAGCAGAUUUAAAGUUUUUGGUCAAUAAUUGUGAUCGAUUGUUGAAUGGUGAAAUGCAAAAUUUAACCAUAAAAGGGAACGGUAAAAAUCUACAAGUGGUCACUGUCGAACACAAGUGUCAUCUCGUUGUGUUAUUAGAAUCGAACGUUCAACCAGAAAUUACCGGAUUUGCCAUUGAGAAAGCUGUCUUUUUAUUACGGAAAGUUUAUGCCCUCAGAAAGAAUAUCAAAAUCCAAUAA